CAAUAUAUAUAUAUAUAUUGCAGUAGAAAAAAUAUCUAAAAGGCACAAAUUGAAUGGAUCCUGUCCUCGCGCCACCCCCGGCUCGUGCCAGUUGGUCCAGACUGGAUUAAAGCGCUGCAGCAUCAGCGGAUGAUCAGGAGAGAAGGCCGGGCCGCUGCGCCCCUCCACCAGCCGCAUGCUCCCGCACACCGGCUUCUGUCCGCCCGUGAGAAGUGCGCCGGGGAAUGUAGGGGAUAUUAACCUUUCUUUGGAAUAGCCGCUUAUCAGAAACCGAGCUCCUCGGCAAAGCGCUCGUUUAAAACUCUGCUGGCUGAAAUCACUGCAAGCUAGCAGCAACAUCACUUGGCAGCAGAGGGGAGACGUGCUCCUGUGAGCUGAGCUCGGUGCAUUCCUCCGUUCGCUGGAUGACAAAUGCCAAGCCACCGGAUGGAGAUAUUUUAGACGGAGCAUGGGGGAUCGCGGGAAUCCGUGUACCACUGUUUGGGAAAACCGGUUGUGAUGUUUAACCGCUGCUAAAACGUUGACUGUGCAGCUCGUGUGUUUUUGCAGUCAGCAAAAUCAAGGUGACGGCAGCUAGCCCGUUAGCUCGCGAGCUAUUCGGUUAGUGUGAGACAGGGAACCGAAAACGCACCGAGUGCGUUUGACAACAAAAUAUCGCUAUUAUCGUUAUUGAUAAGCGUGUGCACUUUUUCUUUGCACGGUGCACUUCCUUAUUGGAUAAGAGUGCACGUCGCUGACGAGGAGCAGAUGUAAGGAUAUGCGUGAUAUUCUGGGGGGAAAACUUGCCAUAUCUAUGAGAAUUAGAUAAUAGAGCAUAUCAAACUCGUGUGCUUUAUUAUUAUUAUUAUUAUUAUUUUUACAUCAGCUGAAUAUUUUAAUGUUAACCCCCUAAACCCAGUGGGAUGUCAUAUCGAUUCUGGCACAUGUACUGUAUAUUAGUGACUAAUUGUGCCAAGCAAUAUUGUCGUAUCGUCACUAUAUUAUUAAGCGCAUACUUGUUUGUUUAGAGACAAACACACCUGCUUCGUUCAGGUCCAGUAAAUGAGUCUUUUGUAUCAGUUUCUUGCAACACACGAGUCUCACAGUCAGAGAAAAAUCAGAGUGGAUGCCAAAGCUCCGGACGGACAGAUGAUGGUGAUGAUUCACUCUGUGGGAAUAUGAGGAAGUUAUUCUGAACCGAGCACACGGCUUCGCGUUCAAGAAACCCCUGCUGUUCCCGAUGGUGGAAUCAGCCUGUGGCUGUUUGAUGAGCAGCGAACGAAAGCCGCCUCUCCUCGGGUCGCCUCUGAAGUCGAGCUGACAGAAGCUGGUGGGUUUUGUUUGAAAGGCUGGAGCAGGGUGUGACAGCUCUUGGUUUAAAUGUUACAUGCAGCACUGUGUGUAUCAGCGAAGCUCACUAUGAACGCAGCCUGGAAUUUCUACGUUAAUCCGUGUGGAUGACGCCGCCGCCGCCAACGUUCCAAAACAGAACGUCGCCGAGGCAAAAGUUGCUUUUUAAAAUAGUUUGUUUCGGCUAAAGAGCAGCAGGUCUGUUAGCCAUGUAGCUGGCUGCAAAUGAUCGGACUGCACUUCUUCAACUAAUGUCUAGGGUGUCGGCUCUUUUUUUAGUCUGUGUCGGGCGUGUAAAGUGUAAUGUAUAGCGUAGUUAUUUUAACGUCGUCGUGACUGUUUCUGGUUGCUAUGGCAUUUUUAAACGGCCCCAGACUGCUGGACUGGGCAAACUCUCCUCCACAUUUACAGUUCAACAGAUAUGUCCUGACUGGAUAUAGACCCAUCUCCUCCGUCCAGGAGUGUAUCAAGAGUCUCUUCUAUCUGCACAAUGAGCUGGGGAACAUCUACACCCACGGAAUCCCUCUGCUCUGUUUCCUGGUGCUGCUCCCGCUCAACAUCCCCUGGUCACAGAUCAGCGUGACGUGGCUCGGCGUGGUGCAUUUCUUGGCCUGCCUUUCACCACAGCUGGGCUCAGUGGUCUACCACCUCUUCAUGAACCAUGAGGGCGGCGAGCCCGUCUACAAAACCCUGCUCACGCUAGAUAUGUGCGGAAUCUGCAUGAUCAACACGCUAGGAGCCCUGCCCAUCGUGUACAGCACUCUUCUCUGCUACCCCUUCACCCGCACAGUGGCUCUGCUGAUGUACAUCCUGCUCUCCAGUUACUCCAUCUACUGUGCCAUCACAGCAUGCAGCAGUGUGCGCCGUCUGCGUUCCUUCGCCUGGCAGGCGCUUUUCCGCUUCUCGUUUUUCCUUCUGCGCUGGGUAGGUGUGGGCGGAGGAAGUCCCACGUCACUGGGUCACUUUCUCACUAUGGAUGCACUAGCGGUGUUGGGUGGUGUCAUUAAUAUCACGCGAAUCCCCGAGCGGUUCUGCCCAGGCCUCUUUGACUACUGGUGCAACAGCCAUCAGAUCAUGCAUGUGCUGGUGGUGGUGUCCAUACUGUACCUACACUGGGGGGUGCUGGACGACUUACUGUGGAUCAACACGUAUCACUGUCCGUCAGACUGACAGUAGCCCCUGGUAGUCUGGAAUCAUGGGUAAUGGGGCGUGAGGACCUCUUUUAGUAAUGAGAUGUUUGGGAACACGACGUUAUUGGGCAAAGAAUGGUUUGGGGUGGGGGGGGGGGGCUGUGUGCUUUGUAUAUAAAUGUGUGCACGAAAGUCCAUAAGAAGUGUUUUACAUGUUUUUUAGGAGACACCAGUGCCAGCUUUGACACACAUGCUUGUUGUGCCGUCAGAAGCCAGAAUGUACAUAUCUGCGUUCGCAUUAACAUUGUCCGUGCAUGGCACUGUUUAGACCUGCUAGCUCAAACAAAGGCAAUUUAUUUAUUUAUUUAUUUGGUUUGAGACCUACACAUUUUCUAGGCACACACACACACACACACACACACACACACACACACACACACGCACAUAUGGGGUCUGACAUUAUUUAAUGUCAUGUGUUCACCAGCGUUUAAAGCAUUUAAUAAAUGACCUCUAAAUUUAGCUGAACAGUGAGAGACAUGAUCGAGCCCUCAUAUGAUUGGCUCUCGAAAUGUAAGAUUUAACGUAUCGUGUAAAACUAAAAUUCAUUGCACAAAAUAGCAUGGCUUUUAUGAAAAACGAAUUAUAGUUUGUCUCUAUUCUCAAUUUUGCUGGUGACAAACAGAUCACCGGUGCAGAAAUGAUGUACGCACCAACCCAACUUUCUACUUAGUACUCUAUUGCAGACUAUGCAGCAUAUCAGAUGUUACAUCAGUGCUUACACCACACAAACACACACGUACUGUAUGCCCAGUCUCACAGCAACAUUUACUGGAAAUACUUGAGUUGAUUUUACUUGUUUUAUCACACUUAUUUUCCACUCUUUUUUUGUCGUCUCCCUGUUAAGGUCCACAUUUUCUGUAUUCUCAACCUGAUACCUUUAAGUGAAGGGUGAAGGGGUCAUUCCUUGGUUUUGUAGCCUUGCCAUUUAUACGUUUACUGGCUGGUUAAAGUUGCUGAAUGCCCAUUUGAUUUUUUUAGUGCCCUCUGUGACUUUGAUCAUGUUUGUUAACAUCUAAAGGGCAUUUAUUCAAUGUGAUUUUUGCAGGAGCAUGACUUCAAUAAUACCCUGGGAAACAUUUUCCGUUACCUGCAGAAGAUAUUUUCUCUGCUGUGCUGCUGAACAGUCAAUUCAGCUUUGUACACUUACGGUUUUAAUAUCCUAAUCUGUAGAUUGGAUUUUGUACCACUCUAAAUUAGAUUUAAUUUCUUUCUGACCUUUAACCUCAAUUAUCUAUGUAACCUUGGAUUCAAGACAAGGCAAAUUAUUUUCUUAAUGGUGUGCUGUUUGCACAAAGGCUUUAAUUCUCUGCUGGCCAUCCUUGUCCACUGUGCACCGAAUGUUCCCGCUCAUCAGAUGUGGCAGAUGAAUAUUAGACUCCAGAAUGGAGCAAUAUUACACAUGCCACUACACUAUGAAUUCCCCAAUGAACACUAAGGGAAUAUUGGUUCUGCUCACUUGUGGCAAAUUAAUGCUAUAUAUACAGAUUAUCUAAGUCCCUAGUAAUGGGAUGAACUUGAUGGGAUAUAAUUCAUAAUGACCCCUCUGAUUUAAGAAAAGUUGCCAAAAGACUUCAGGUUUAACAGCGCUGUUUAUAGUGACUGAAGCUGAACAAUCAGUCUCCUUUAUAUCUGCUUUAGAAUGUGAUUGAUGUAAACUAAAACAGUUCUUAAUGCAGAUUGCACUAUGGAGAUGUUCUCAUUGU